AAUAUAAAUUUUAAAACUCCGACUAAGUAUAGUAUCCAUUGUCAAAGUAUCUGUGCGAUGGUAGGGAGGUAGAGGUAUUUAUUUUAUAAAACUGUUGUAAAGUGUGAUCACAUGUUCAUACCUUAGAUAAUAAGUUGACUCUUAAAUUGUAUCAGUGAUUUGGUUUUACUGUCAGAUUUCAUUGAAAGUAUUUAUUAAGCUUUUUUUACGAAGUUUUCAUAUUUUUUGGACCCAUAGUUUAAAAGUUAGAGGUAAUAAGUUUUUCUUUCGGAGCGAUUAAUUCCGAAACUAGAAGUACCUAUCUUAAAUUGCAGCUUUCUAGCGCUAUCGAUCGAUCGAUCACGGAGCAAAGCCGCGGACGAACAGACGGACAUGGCGAAACUAUAAGGUAUCUAUAAGGGUUCCUAGCACGAGAGUGGCGCGACAGUAUCUCGCCCGCGACAUAGACUACCCAUCCCUCUCAAAUUAUUAAUACAGUGAGAAAAAGACGUACAAGAUGCAUUCAGCUGGACAGUGAAUGAGAUCCCUUAGAAUAUAUACACCUACGCCUCCUUUAUCUGUGGUCUGAAAGUUCCUAUUUGACAUUUGUAUAUAUGUAUUUAUCAAUACAAAUAGUCGAGAUUUUUUUCUGAUAUUUAGCAGCUUUUGCUGAUAACAUUUUAUAUUUAGAGAGUAUUUUAUACUCAAAUCUCGUCUGUACCGUAGCGUACUAGAUCCGGGAAUCUGUGAUAGGCGUCAGCUUUUAUAUAAUGGGCUGAAUUAAUGUUGUGAAAGUGAAGUGUUUGAGGCCCCUUAAAAUGGGCCUUCAUUUUCCAGACGUUGAGAAAACAAAGAAAUGGCAGAUUCGACAUGGGCUAACAGAGAACUAUACCUACUUGAUUUUCAAACCUGCACAGUGGUUGUAAUUGCUACUCUCUCAAGACUACAGAUGCUGAGAUAAAUAUAUACAACAAUCAUGUUUGUUUCUCAUAAGCUCAGCCCUGCUAAAAAGACCUUCCAGAAGCCUAACAUCUUGCGGCGAAAGACCAAGGUCACUGCUAUCAAAUCUGGGCCAUACAAGCCCAGUCCGGCACCCACGGCCACAGCGGGGCCCAAGGUUCCAGUCACAGCCAUAAUCAAUACUGCAGAGGAUUGGGGUGUAUCAAGACCCGUUAAGAGGGUGCAGUUGGAGGUGUUGGCACAAGAUGUGGCUUUCAGUCCAGGUGAUUGCCCUGCAGCUACAAGUGUGGGUACGCAGGACUUGCACACGGGCGCUGUUGUCCACGUCCAGGAGGUGAUGGUCACAGAGGACAAGGAAACUAAUGUGGAGGAGACUCUUGUUGACGAAACACAGCACAACACGGAGCAGGAGGUUGUAGAUGUAGAGGCUUUCUUGAACGGCAGCCAGACACAGUACAAAACACAUGAAACUCAAAGUAAAUUGGAAAACAGUUCAGCUCAAAAAUGGAAAAUAGAUUUAGAAAAUGAUACGGACGUGAUCAUAAUGGAACCUUACGAUGGAUUGCAAGAGUUGCCCGAGGACAAGUUGGAUGCAGACUUGCCGUCACCCGACUACGACCUCGUCACCACCCGACUUGGCAAGUUUAAGUGCGACGAGCCAGACUGCAACAAAGCGUUCCUGACCGAGCAGAAGCUGCGCCGGCACCGCGCCGUGCACAGCAAGCAGCGGCCGCCGCCGCCCGCCGCCGUCGACUGGCGCGACAUCUGA